AUGAAAUAAUCAUCUCUUAAUCCAGAUCCUAGAAGGAAAUAAAUUUUGUUGGACAUGAUUAACAAGUCUGGCUUUCCUGAGGUGAAGUCAGAAAAAGCACUUUAAGCCUAAAUUGAGGCUCUUCAAUAAGAAUUACUAGAAAAAGAUUAGGCAUUAAUUUAAAAAGAUGAACAAAUCGAUAAAUUAUGUGCUGUUGUAUUUUAGUAUUAAGAAGAAAUAGCAUCAAAAAAUAGAGAAAUCGAAGAAUUGCAAUAGGGCAAAGCAAAUUUUGAGAUGGAAGUUCAAAACUAUAACGAAAUGAAAAAUCAUUGCGAUCAAGCAUUGAAACAAUUGCAUCAUGUCGAAAUGCAAGUGAGUGAUCUGUAAGAACAAAACCUAUAACUCAAGAAUCAAGAGUAAUAACUUCUAAGCUAAAUUUUGGCAUUGUAAAAAAAUUCAGACGUUCUUCUUCGGGAUGCAUUUGAAAGAGAAAAGAAACAAUUGCAUAAGAAAAUAGUCGAGAAGACCAAGAUAAUUUAAGAAUAAAAUUGUUUAAUUUAGAAAUCAAAUGAAACAUAGUCUACAAUCCAUUAAUCAAUGAUGAAAAUGAAAGAGGACCAAAAGAAACAAGAACAAACUAUUUAAAAAUUGAGAGAAGAGAUAGAAAAUUUAAAAGGAGAUGCAGCCGCAUUCAAUAGUUCUUUAAACUAAAUCACUAGUCCUCUAAAUCAAUUAUCUAGCCCUCUGAAUUAAUUAACAAGUCCACAAGGAUAGCGGUAAGCCAGCUUCAAUACUCAUAAAGAUUUCGAUACGCCUAUAAGAUAAUCGUAAUAUACUUAACAGAAACCAUAAUCUUCUAAUAGUCUCUGCAGUAAUUUUACCAGUCAGGAAAGUAAAAAGAAAAUGAUGGGAAAUUUUAAAAGAUUAACAACCAUGGCUGUAGGUAUGUAUAGCAAUCUACUCGAUUAUUAAUCAUUAUAAAAUGGCUCUAAAUUAGCAUCUGAAUUGGGUUAAGCUAGAAUAGAUUUAACUUAAUAAAUUUCAAGAUCUUCCAUGAUGAAUUCGGAGUAUAAUGACCAUAAUUGAUACUAUAUUUUCAAAUAAAAUCUAAAUAAUCUU